UUUGACAGGAAAGCGCCAUUUUCAAGAUCAACGAGGAGGCUGAGUAAGCAUGGGGUCCGAGUCGGAUAUUGAAGAACUACAUACCUCCAUUUUAAGUCUAUGUGAGGAGGAUUCUCGAGCCAAGUUAUUGAACCAGACACUCAACUUGUCUCCUAUUAAAUCAAAUGAGGAGACACUCACAGACACUCCAUCUCAUACGAGUUCUAGGGAGGUCAAGUGUGCGUCUACCGAGUUCACACCUUCACAUGUUCUCAAAUCGGACAAGAGGUUUUCAACAAGGGCUCAUAGUACUCCACUGUUGCCAAAAAGGUUAUGCUCAAAUACUGCAACUUUGGAAAGUGAACAAGGGGCAAUCAAUGAGGAAGAAGAGGAUGAAAACAAAGAUCUAUACGAGAUGACGUACGAAGAUUUAUUGUCAGAGGUGACGAUACUCUGUGGUCUCCCACAAAACCAUUUGUUGAGUUCUAAAGGACCUCCAAGGUUGAAAAUAGAGGAUUCUGUUAAAAACCUGAACCAGACACAGCUAAGUAAAAUUGAUAUAGACAGCAUUUUAUUUGAGUCAUAUGUAAAAAAUGAUGAGCUGAAUGAGACACCUGCCACAGAGAGAUCAGAGUGCCAAGAAAAAACACCGGGAAGAUUUGCAGGGUUGUGUAGUACAAUUUGUGUGAGUUCUGUUGUGGAAGAGGAAGAGACAGUGGAACUUUCAGAGGAUAUUCUAGGAUUGGAUGAAUACAUCUACAGUGAGCUAGAUUCUGAUGAUAAUAUUGAUGAGGAUACUUUGUUGUCUGGUGAAGACACCGUACUGCAUGAUAAAACACUGAAUAAUGACUCGGGAGUUGAAUUUGCGAAGAAAGGUUCUGAAGUGCUGAAACUUGAACCAAACUCCAAACACACUUGGAAAUCUGAUGACUUUUCAUCUGAUGAAGAUACUGUUUUGGAGGCAAUUUCAGAUUAUGAGAGCCACAAUUUAAAAGUUACUAGUAAAAAUGAAACUAGCAAUGUAAAGACAAAAUUUGAUGAUGUAAAUGCAAAUACCGUUUCUGUGUGUACAAAGCGAAAAGACAGUGGUUUUGAAAGUAAAAAACAUUCAAAGAAGACUAAAUUUGGAGACGAAGUUAAGGCAACUAUAUCGGAGAAGACGUCAGAAAAGUGCAGAGAAUCAGAAAACACCCAGUCUGAUGUUGAAUAUGUUGUGAUUAGUUUGCUAGCGGACUCAGAAUCGGAUUUUGAUGCCAAGUCCGAUAGAGAUGAUGUUGAUGAUGAUGAUUUGAAAAAGAGUAAAGUACAGGCCACGGUGUCCAGCAAAGUUAAAAUUCCAAUGGUAUGUGUCUCUCCACUCGUAAAGCAAGAUCAGAAAGGUUGUGAGGAUGAAAGAAAUUCUCAAGAGCAACAAUCAAAAGAAAGCUACAACAUACAAAUAGAUUAUAAAAAAGAGAGGUCAUUUUUGAAAAAUGAAAAUGAUCUUACUAGGAGUGUGAUGAGGAAGUGGAAGUCCAAUGGCAUUCAUAAUCCUGAACAAAAUUUGACAUGUGCGUCAGCUUUCAGGAAAAAGAACAGUGGCUUAAAAGGCAGGCUUGAAGGUUUUCACUUAUCUACUCUGCAUGGAAAUAUCAACGAGAAAGACCUAUAUAUAAACAGCCCUUCAACUCGAUCCUUGACUGAAAGUAUUAACAAGUUGAAACAGGAUAUGCACGAGUAUGAGCAAUGUCAUUAUGUCAGACUUCAAGAGAUGAAGAUGAACUUUAAUGCAAUGAUGGAACAACAAAAUAGCCAAAACAAGAAUCGUAUACGACGUCUCCGAAUUCAGCAGGAGAUGGAGGCGCGAUCUGUUUAUUUUCAACAGAUGGAUCCAAUGUUUAAACAGUGCCAACUCAUGCAGCUGAAGGAGGACCAUCAGACCCAGAUGGGUCAUGUUCAGUGUGUUGCUUUGAAUGAGGAACAAGCAAUCAGCAAUCAAUAUUUGAACAAAGUGGACACUGAAAGGAGAAAAUUUGAGGAGCAGUACAAUCAAAUGGCAUCGCUUGUUGAGCAGUUACGUCAGAACGAAUUCGAGGAGAAAGAUGAACAGUUUGGGCCGCAUGUCAUGGUGAACUUUGUCAAGGCGCCAUGCAGGAACAAUCGUGAGAGAAAGUCCCAGGCGUCUGUGUGUUUACCUUUGGAUAUUGCGAAUGCUGUGUUGAAAGAAGAUGAACUGUAUGACAGAUUUUAUGAAUAUUAGAUUGUCUGAAAGAUAGAGUAAGGUUUUCUGAACCAGAUAUGUCUAUCUUUUUAAACUUUUCAUAUUUUCAAAUUUUCCCACAGAUGAAAAUCAUUAACUUCAAUUAAACUUGUAUUUUGGAACAUUUGACAUAAUUGUAUUGAAAGAAUAAUCUUUUCAAAAGUGAAAAUACAGCUUGUGAAAUUUUCAAAA